AUGUUUGGUACCGUCAAUCAAGUCACUACCGCGUCGAGACAGCUUUGGUCAUUUGCCAGAGACAGGGGCUUGCCAUUCAGCUCGUAUCUUAGCCAUGUGCGACCCGGCUGGGAUGUCCCUCUCAACGCGAUCACGUUGACUCUUGUGUUCGCCUUAAUCAUCAGCUUCAUCAUCCUCGGCUCGCCAGUCGCAGUCUUCACGCUCUCGUCAAUCUCAGUAUCAGGUCUCUACUCUAGCUACAUUAUCUGCGUCGGUUGCGUGGCGUGGCGUCGCAUCAAGGGACAGCCGCUUCUGCCAUCCCGCUUCAGCCUAGGGAAGGCUGGUCUUGCCAUCAAUUUGAUUGCUUUGGCAUUUCUCAGCGUUCAAUGGAUCUUUCUUUUCUUUCCCACGGCACCACAUCCUACGGCUCCCAACUUCAACUGGACUUGUCUGAUAUUUGGGGUUGCGGUCGUAUGGUCCUUGGCCUACUAUUAUUUGUGGGGAAAGAAAGAGUAUCAGGGACCGGUAGAGUAUGUGAGGAAAGGCGAGUAG